GCAGAGCCAGAGCUGCCACUGUUUGGGUAAACACUACGCUAGUUCGGUAGCUGGGUUUGUCGCCUCCGCGUCUCUCCUGCCGGGACUUGUCAGCCCUCAUCUUGGCCGUGCAGCAUAGCAGUAUUAUGCGAGCACCGUCCGGAGCGAGGGAGCACCGUGUGAAGUGAGUUUCCUUGAAUCAUCUAUAUGGGCCAUCUUCUCUCGAAAAAUGGAUACCGCCUGAAGAAGAGGACGCGCAAGUUGCAUCACAGGAAGAAGAAGAAGAGGAACUGUUUCCUGCAGCUGCCGUGCAUGCUCUGCUUCAUUGUCCACGGCAACAGCAGCGGCCUCGACGACGACAGCGACCACUUGGAGGCCGGCGCCAACGGCAGCGCGUGCCGCCGCCACAGCAUCACGGGAAUCAGUGUCCCCGGCGUGGGUGGAGUCGGCAUCGGAGCAGCAACUGCCUCGAAGCUCGCCGAGCGGUACGCAACACUCGCUUCUCCUGAGGACUGCUCCAGGUUCCUGUUGUCUCCGAGGGAGCUGGCUAUCUGGGAGGGCCAAGGGAGGAGCCUCUUAUCAACUGUUCCUGCCAAACUGAUUCCACCGCCGGUGCUGUUCCGAACAGCUGGGGUGUCUGUGCCCAUACCUGUACCUGUGCCUGGCUGCACCAGUGACUACACUGAGAUGGUGUGUAAGAGGAAGUGCUCAGAGGUGCAGAGGUGCACCCCCUGCAAGCAGCCGCGCUGCGCCUUCGCAGCCCCUGACGGAGGGCUGGAGAACGGGGGAGUGGGAGGAGGUGGGGGAGACGCCGCCUCGAACUCUGAAACCGGCCACUGCCACCUCCCCCUCUGUCCACUUCCCUCCUCCUCCUCCUCCGCCUCCUCCUCCUCUGCCUCCUCCUCUUCCUCCUCACCCGCUGACGGCUGCUGCGGGCCGGGCCUUCACGCCGACUUGCCCCCCAGUUCGGACUCGUCCCCCUGCUGCCUGCAUCAUUACGACGACUGCCAGGCGAGAAGUUCUGACGCCGCUGACCACUCGAGUAUCAACCACCUGCCUUCCUCCAUCCUUCUUAAGGUGCUCUCCCACUUGACCGUGAAGGAGCGCUGUCUGUGUGCCUCUCUGGUUUGUAAGUACUGGAGGGACCUCUGCUUGGACUUCCAGUUCUGGAAGCAAAUCGACCUCAGUGGCCUACAACAAGUAAACGACGAUCUCCUUGUGAAAAUAGCCUCUCGGAGGCAGAACGUGACAGAGAUUAACAUCUCGGAUUGCAGAGGUGUCCAUGACCAUGGUGUGUCCUCCCUGGCCUCGCACUGUCCAGGCCUGCAGAAGUAUACAGCGUACCGCUGCAAGCAGCUUGGGGACAUGUCCCUGUCGGCCCUGGCUACACACUGCCAUCUGCUGGUGAAGGUGCAUGUGGGCAACCAGGACAAACUGACAGAUGAAGCACUAAAAAAGCUGGGGGAGCACUGCAGUGAGCUGAAGGAUAUCCACUUGGGUCAGUGCUACAGUAUCACAGAUGAAGGCAUGGUGGCUUUGGCUAGAGGAUGCCCCAAACUGCAGAGACUCUACUUGCAAGAGAACAAGCUGGUCACUGAUCGGUCUGUGCGAGCCGUUGCAGAGCAUUGUCCUGAGCUGCAGUUCGUCGGCUUCAUGGGAUGCCCGGUGACCUCACAGGGGGUCAUCCAUCUUACCGCGCUGCGGAACCUGAAUGUCCUGGACCUGCGGCACAUCUCGGAGCUCAACAAUGAGACGGUGAUGGAGGUGGUGAGGAAAUGUCGCAACCUCAGCUCCCUCAACCUCUGCCUCAACUGGAGCAUCAACGACAGGUGCGUGGAAAUCAUCGCCAAGGAGGGCCGCAGUCUGAAGGAGCUCUACCUUGUGUCUUGUAAAAUCACAGACCACGCUCUGAUAGCCAUAGGCCAAUACAGCAGCACCAUCGAGACGGUGGACGCCGGCUGGUGUAAGGACAUCACGGACCAGGGAGCCACACAGAUCGCCCAGAGCAGCAAGUCCCUCCGAUACCUGGGCCUCAUGAGAUGUGACAAGGUGAACGAGGAGACGGUGGAGAGGCUGGUGGUCCAGUACCCUCACAUUGUUUUCAGCACAGUGAUGCAGGAUUGCAAGAGAACCCUGGAGAGAGCUUAUCAAAUGGGCUGGAGCCCCAACACGUCGAACACAUCGUAGCUACUGCUGGAUCCCACAAACACACACACACACGUACAUAGCUACGCAGAGGCCCUUUUUUUGUACAGACACACAUACACAACAUUUGCAGCUCAGUCAUGUUAUGUUUGCCUCUCAUCCACUGUUCAAACACGCAUGUGAACAUGUAGCUACACACUCACAGACACUGGUCCAGUUCACCAACUGUUUCAUUUGGAGAAAAUCUCUCAUUUUAAUAAUACAAGUCAAAUAUCAGCCUCCUGGUAUUUUAUAGUUAAGCGAGAUGGUUGCUAUACUCCAGUUAUAGGUUACAAUGAACAACUUGACUGAAUUUUCCUCAUCAUCAUUCUCAAUAAGUCAUAUUACAUCAAACAAAGUCAUGUACUUUCUUUGACCUGACCCUUGAGUGACUUGUUUGUUUUGGUGCAAAGAGGUGCACCAACAGGAUUUAUUUGAUAUCUACUUUAAGUGAGUGUUACUCAAUUGAUAGAGUGAGCCUCAUCUAACUAUAAAGAAAGGAAUCUCUCUCUGUCUGUCUGCAUAUCUGUUGCAUAUCUCGAGAACCGUUCAUCUGACGAUCUACUUCUCACUUAGUGGGUGUAUCAUUGACUGCAGUUCGGUUUACAACCAAACUCUUCUUCACUUCCCUGAAUUCAAAAUACUUCCGCUAAUUAAAUCCAUGGUCUUCUGUAUAACAGCAAUGGUCAUGUCAAAACAAGAGACUAAUACGCUGAGGUGGAAAUGACUACCAAGGUUUCGGACUGCAAGUAACAGCGACUUGGGUGUGUUUUCCAGCGGCAGAUUUACUGAUAUGGGGCCCCUGGCAAAUACUGUCUUGCUUUACUUUUCAACCCUUCUCUAACUGGGAAUGUUGGUUUUGUCAGAAAAAAAUACAACAUAUUAUCAGUAAAGCUCAUAACACCACAAAGUAAAAGACCUGCAAUUCAAUUUUGACUUCAAGUGAAAAGUGAAACAGAGGCAUCAGCAGCACUAUGUACGAUGUAAAAUGUACUUAUUUCUGUUCAACUGGAGCUUUCAGUUCCAAUAUGAUGCUGGAUAGUUAAAUUCAUUUAAAUUAUUUUUUUAUUUUAUGAGUCAAAUAUGAAUUGGUAACUUUACCAGUAACAUGUUUUUGUCAAGUAAAUGUAUGAGCCACAGGUCGAGGUUGCCUACCUUCCCUUAUGGUAAGGUCUUCCCCAGGUGUUUUUUCCUUUAAACCAGAGUGUAUUUCACUGGUGUUUCUGAUCGUGAGUAGCCGUGGCUUGGGUGUGUGAUGCAACUAAGUCAUGCCAAGUGUAUUGCCGGGGACCUAAGGAAGCGCAGUGUGAAGUUGUUUGUAUGAGCGGUUCUCGAGAAAGCUACAAGCAGCAACACCACAGGCCAAGCAUUCGUCCCAAACAAGCAUGUUUUCAACGGGCGCUGCUCUAGUGCAGUUGAAAUCCUUCUUAUCAUUUAGGAUGUAGUCGAGGUAAAGAUGCACGAGGAGGGGGUUGGCGGUCUGCUCUUGAAUACAUGGAAACAAUCCAAACUAACGCAUCCUUAAAACAAAGACAUUCAGGGAUGGUCAGACGAGAAUUGUUUUUAAUGAACAAAAGAUUACCCGGAGCCGAUGUUCCUCAGCGCUGCGCCCAUGUCGGCCCUCUGCAGUGUUUACUUCCUUCAAACUGAACUCAACUGCUGCAGCGAGAUCGCACAACACAGAGCAGAGACUCAGAGAUCAGGAGAUGACAUCCCACAACUUAAGACCAGAAGACUGCCAAGGCUUCAGACCUCACAGGAAUCUGCGACGUUUAUUUUGUCCAAGUAGUUUUUUUUGUUUUUUUUUCUUUUCUUGGAUGUCCAGUACAGUGUUAAAGGCAUUUGUGAACCCAAUCGUGUUGAGAUGUUUGACGAGGCUCCAUUUGAAGGACAGAACUCUUCGCUGUGACUUAAUAUGCACAUUGUCUCGGCACAGAAGAAAGAUUCAAACCCCUGGCAACAAACUGCAUCGAUUAUUUCUCAAAAAUGGCAUGUUUACAUUAGGAUUUUUAGCUACAGAGAUAUUAUCUACAGGUGACCUGCCGUUGAAGUUAGCCUCUGUAUAACUUGGGAACAAUGCUGUUUUUUGAUGACAUGCUUAGAUUUGGAGUUGACUGAGCAUCACCUCGAGUCAGAACAGAAUGAAAUAAAACAUCGCUUGAAAUAGAAGUUGCCUUCACAUAAAAAUCCUGGCUGAUGAUAUCAGAAUAUUUACCACAACCGCCAUGAUGACAGGUAAGAGGAAACGUUGCCUUAAUGCUUAGUGGGUACUGUAAUUGCCAUCCAAUGAGCGACCCAGAAUUUACUGAAGAAAUGUUUAUCUGAGUUUAUCUAUUACCAUUCUCACCUUAUUUCAUAUAUACAUAUAAAUAAGUACUGCGUGGGAUUUACCUGAUAUUGGUUUUGAGCAUAUAUUUGUAACAUUAGCUAUGUAGCAAUGCAAUGAGGGAUUUAUCUUUGUUAGUGGUGUAGGAUGUAAAAAUAAAAGACAAAGAAAAAAAAAACUGGCUUGGGCCUAUAAUCAGAGAGUUGAUGGUUUUUCAUCUAUCCUAUAGAAACUCAGUAGUGUACAGUUAAAAAUGCAAAUAACCAGGGUAUUUUUCUAUGGUGUGAACCAGCUAUGGGCUCAGCCUCCACACACUGUCACUCUGACAUGAACAAUAGCUGUCUGAGCCUCGGGGUCUGAGUAGAACUGUAAACUUUCUACAGAAUAUAGAGAUUUCAGACAAUUACAAACACCUUCAUUUUACCCUUGUCAGGAUUUGUAGACUUUAACCGGUGUCUCCCUUUGCCUGUUUUUGUUCUGUUUUCUGUUCUUUUGUAAUCCCCAUAUGCACUUUCUUCCCUGCUAGAUGUUGACACACUUGAUUCCUGAUUUGUUAAGGCAACCGUAAAUGACUGGAUUUACAUAAAGAUGAAUAAAACACUA